AUGUACCGCAGUGAUAUCGGCUAUGUCACUGGCUGUAAUACAAUUGCUGCGCUUUUGCUCCUGAACCUCUCGAGCCCGCCUGCCGCUUUCAUAGCCCUUGCGAAUAUUCUCAACCGUCCACUCCCGCUCAGUUUCUACGCUUCUGAUCCGGGCGCCAAGUCGUCCGCCUACAACCUUCUUUUGCAGACCCUGUCCCACAAAUCUGCAGGCUUACAUGGCCAUCUUGUCAGCCUACCAGAUCACGACCCCGACGCAUAUCUUGCAGACAUCUUCACCUCCCUCUUCACUGGUCAGCUGGCUCUAGACGAAGCUGCAAGACUAUGGGAUGUGUAUGUCUUCGAAGGCGACGCAGUACUUGUAAGAGCCGGUGUGGCCCUUUUGGCGGAGAAAGAGAUGACUCUCCUUGGUGCCAAGACUAUCACUGAGGUGAAAUUGGUGCUGGAUCGCUCCGACGGAGAAGAGGACGAGAAGAACAAGCAGCAACGCAUCGUCGGAGGUCAAGGUGCUGAAGACCGUUGGAUGCGCUCAGUGAGAGAAGCUGGGAAGGCCUGA